GAGAAAUGAAGACUGUGGCAAUAGAAUUGUCACCAUCCUGUUUCUAAUGUUGAAAUAGCCGAAAGGAGAAGUUGUGGAGAACAGAAGUGUGAGGAGUGAGAUCUCAUCUACAGAACAUCUAUAAAUGAAUACACAGAGAAGAAAUUAGAAGUUCAUUGCAAUAUCAAGAUAAUGCACAAUAUGGACCGUAUCAUGGGGGUCAGUCUCAUGUUUUUUUUGCUUUUCUUCUGCAAAGGUAUCACAGGCCAGUUAAUGCGCUAUACUAUUGAUGUGGCUUCCAGUGUCAGGGUACAGGAGGGUCUUUGCGUCACAAUUCCUUGUAACUUCACAGCUGACGGUAGAAAUACAUUCCGUAAUUCCUCUGGAUACUGGAAAUAUCUCAAUUCAUUUUCUACUGUAGCCACUAAUGAUAAAUCCAGUGCUGGACGAAAACCAAACUUCCAUCUGAUGGGAAAUCCAGAUUUUGGAGACUGCACCCUGACCAUAACUGAUGCCAGGAGAGAAGAUGAGGGGGUAUAUUUCUUCAGAUUUGAAGAUUACAAAGCCGGAGGAGUGAGAUUUAGUUAUUUCACUAAAGUAACCAACAUUUCUGUGACUGAUCUCACAGAAGAACCGGUUAUCUCAGAUCUUGGGAAAGUGAUUGCAGGUAAAAAUAAGACAAUGACUUGCACUCCUCCUGGAAACUGCACUGCAACAUCAUUAGUUUUCCAGUGGAAGAAGAGUAAUGUGGCUGGUAUCUGGAAGAAUUCAUCUACAAUUUCAUUUACCCCAUCUAUAGACGAUCACCAGGGAACUAUCACAUGUCAGAUGACAAAUUCCAAGGGGAAGACAACUCAAAAAAUCUUUCUUCUUGAUGUGUAUUCUGAAUCCAUCGCAUUUAAAGAGGAAACAAACGUGUGUAUUACUAGAACCAUGGAUUCUACCAUCAUUAUUGGGAUGGUUUUUGGUAAUAUUGCCGCCCUCGUCCUCAUUAAUGUGGGAUCCUAUUUCUUUCUGAAGAGACGCAUGGAAAAACGACAAUUAGGAAAAAUAAUUACUGACCCCGGGAAGCAAGGGACAGAAUCCACAUAUCAGGAAUUAAAAAAACGGGACAAUGACGUCUACUACAACUUGAAAGCACAAUAAUCUAAUAAAUGACCUCCAGUAUUUCAUAUUCUAAUGCUCCAAUAGCCGCCACAUAGGCUUCAGACUGGGUACAGAGAUUGUCAACUUUCAGAUCUCUCCCUAAUGGAGCUCACAAUCUAAUUGUCCUACUGAGACCCACUGGGGAACAUUUAUAGGAAGGUAAUAUCUUAUCACUAUGUUUCUGGAGUGACCGUCCAAAGCUCAUGAAGAACCCAGAAACUCAUGACUGCAAGACAACAUUACUAACCAGAGAGCCGGCAUGGUGCCUGUGAUAAACACGUUCAUAUCAUCUGAUGUAACCUUGGACCAACUCAACCAGUGAUCUCCAACCGAUUACUCCACAUCUAUGGCAGGAGUCUAACUACAAGCAUUCCUUUAAAGCCAUAGCAUA